GACACAGUAAUCAGUUAUUUUGUAGGAUGUGGAGAAAUUUCUUCCUAUCACUCCGACUUCCUCGACAAAUAAAAACUGACCGAUACACGAAAUAGCCAAUAGUGCUGAAAGUUGCAUUUUUAUUGCACUUAUAACACAUCAGACUCGUGGAUUUUUAGCUUGUCAUCUUUUUUCAAUUUAAUCUCGGUAAUUAGCGUAGUGUUCGUUCAAUUCAAUGUAAUAUUUAAAAUAGUCUUCCGGAAACUUGUUAUAAAAUUGUUUUUUAACAUAUAAUCAAAAUGGCAGCGUAUGGUCGAGGUUCCUUUGGAGGAAUAGGAUUUACUCCCGAUCAAACUGCUAUUAACAAAGUUACCGAAGGAGAAUCUGAUUUUGACACAUUAUCAAAAGCAAUUGCACAUAGUAUACAGAAAAUUACACAUAAUGUAUCUCAGAUCCAGAAGUUAAUCAGUCGUAUUGGAACCAAAAAGGAUUCCCAGGAGACCAGAGACAAGGUGCACCAGUUAACUCACUAUACCAAUCAGCUGGCAAAAGAAACUACCGCAAAUCUGAAAUUAUUUACUGGGUUAAAGGUACCAUCAUCAGACGAGUUAAAACUGAAGAUUCAGAGAGACAGGUAUAAAGAAAAAUUCAGUAAUGCAGUUAAAAGCUUCCAAGCUGCGCAGAGAACUGCUGCACGUAAGGAAAGAGCCAGUGUAGCUAGAGCAAGAGCCCAUUCGCCAUCGUUUAAGGUCUUAAUACAGUCUCCUUUUGAAGAUGUACCUAAAGAUAAAAUUCCUUCUAUAAAACGACAAAGGCUAUCAAAGAUGGAAAAAAAUGUUGAUUUGGAAACUAUUCUGGAAAGAGAGAAUGCAAUAAAAGAAUUAGAGCAUGACAUCACAGAAAUAAAUGAGAUCUUCAAAGAGCUUGGUGCGCUGGUCCAUGAACAAGGGGAAGUUAUAAAUACGAUCGAUGACAAUGUAGACACAGCAGUUAUACAUAUACAUGAAGCUAAACAAGACCUAGCACGAGCUGUGUCCAUACAGGAAAAUGUGCGAAGUAAAAAAUGUCUAUGCCUGGUUGUCUUGAUUGUUGGAGUAGGAAUUAUCAUUGCCAUACUAUUACCAGUACUUCUUACUAUAAACAAAUGAUACGAGGGAAAUUACAGAGUCAUGUGGUAUAGCAACACUUCUCCAUUGGUUACUCUAA